GCUAUACUACAUAUAUCAUAUUUUGUAAAUGUGUCAAAAAAACAUGAAUGCAUGAUUGGGUUACAAGGUAUGUCAAACUCUGUCCACCAGGAGGAGACACCGUCACUACUUGAAGAACGGAUCUACUUCCAAAUGAUUGGCAAACUGAGACGCCAAUAGAACUUUAGACAGUCGCUAUUGUUACCAACCCAAAUGCAGAUGUACUGUUGGUAGGCGGGCACGGAACAGGAAAUGGUCUUAAUGAAUGAUGCAGUUUCAGCUCCACAGUGCAAACGUUUGUUAAAUGAUCAAUAUUCAGUUAUAUGUAUUAACAUGCACUAUUAGAUGAGUUUCAAACCGGACGUUUGUUUUACUGGACUUCUGAAAUUUCAUCCCAGCAAAUAAUAUCCAUUGACGCAAUGGGGGAGGUUGAGCUGUCCUGUCUGGCCUAUGUGAAGAUGUACCUGCACGGCUGUUUGUUUCCACGGUGUAGUGUCAAUGGGCUGCUGUUGUCGUCCAGUCCAGCAGGUGGUGCUGUGUGUGUGACAGACUGUGUGCCCCUGCUCCACUCUCACUUACCUUUGGCUCCCAUCACCCAGCUGGGUCUCACACAGGUGGAUGUAUGGUGUGCACAGACACAGCAGAGGAUUGUAGGAUACUACCAAGCCAACGCCUGUGUGUCAGACAACAGCCCUACGCCAUGUGCAUUGAAGAUUGCAGACAAGAUUGCCGAGCAGUGUAACAAUGCAGUUUUGUUAAUGAUUGAUGGUGGAAAGAUGUCUCCUGACUACAGGGUGCCUCCCAUAGUGAUGUAUGAGCGGAAAGACACCCGCUGGACCCUCAAAGACAAACAUACGAUAAUGCUGCGGCAGUGGGAGGAGACUCGGGAAAUAGCCAAUCAGCUGCUGGACUCUGGAGAUCACUCAUUAUUAGUGGAUUUUGACAGCCAUUUGGACGACAUAACUAGGGACUGGACAAAUCAGAAACUCAAUGCCAAAAUAGCAGAGCUUGCCUCACCAGCCAAUGGUAAUGUCUGAAAUAAGUUUGCGGAUUAAUUUGUUACUUUGAAAAAGUUUGAAUUAUUUAUGUCUUAAACCUACUGAUACUACAAAUUUUAAGAAUAUUUUUAUUAACAUCUAACAGUCAAAUAAGCGCACAUCAUCCACGAUAAUAUGAAAUACAUUUAAUGCGGUCAAGACAGAACAUUGAAUAAAAGACGAGCAUAAAUAACUAAUAUUUACAGUUUGACAGAUCUGUGCAGUCUUCCGGUCUCUCAGUCAGUGUGCCUUGUCAAACCCAGUAGCCAUGUUAACCCACUUACAACUGACAAAGCUGUGCUCAUAGUUCACUGACUGCUAAUGGCAUCACAUUAUGUGCAUCCUGUCCCACUGCUUUCAGUGUGUAACCUUUUAUUAAACUACAUCUACAAACUA